CGCAAUCUUCUGUUUUGGAGAAGAACGGAAGAUGGCGACCUCAAACAAUCCGCGAAAAUUCAGCGAGAAAAUCGCUUUACACAAUCAAAAACAGGCAGAGGAGACGGCUGCGUUUGAAGAGGUCAUGAAGGAUCUCAACAUAACUAGAGCAGCACGGUUGCAGUUGCAGAAGACCCAGUACUUGCAGCUAGGGCAGAGUCGUGGUCAGUGCUAUGGAGGGUCUCUACCCAAUGUCAAUCAGAUUGGAACUAGCAACACUGACCUUCCCUUUCAGAACUCUUUCCAGACGUCGGCGCUGGACACCAGCCGCAGCGCCCGCAACCGAGGCCUGGUGGACCGCGUGUACCGGGACCGGAACCGCAUCAGCUCCCCCCACCGCAGACCGCUCUCCGUGGACAAGCAAGGCCGGCAGAUCGACAGCUGUCCCUACGGCUCUGUUUACCUGUCUCCUCCGCCCGACACCAGUUGGAGGAGGACGAAUUCGGACUCUGCGCUGCACCAGAGUGCCAUGAACCCCGCGUCUCAAGACUCCUUCACAGGGGGCUCUCAGGAGCUGCAGCCCAAGCGAGUUCUGUUGCUAGCGGCGCCAGGCACCGAGGACACGGACACUGAGAUGGGCAAAGAUGAGGAGAGUGAGGCCUGGGGAGACAAGAAGAAUGGAGCAUCGCGGCCUAAAUCUUGUGAAGUCCCUGGAAUCAACAUUUUCCCGUCGCCUGAUCAGGAGUUGAGCUCGUCUCUGGCCCCGGCGGCCCACAACACGGGCGGGUCCCUGCCAGACCUGACCAACAUCCAGUUCCCGCCUCCGCUGCCCACCCCCCUGGACCCCGAGGACCCCGUCUCCUUCCCCUCCCUCAGCUCCUCCAGCAGCACAGGGAACCUGUCGGCCAACCUCACACACCUGGGCAUAGGCAACGUCAGCCCCGGUCUGGGUAGUCCUCAGGGGGGCAGUAUGGGGGGUCUGGGUCAGCAGCCCCAGGUCCUCCCCCUCUCCCUCAGCAGCUCCGACCCCCAGCAGCAGCAGACGCAGCAGCAGCAGCAACAGCAGCUCUCGCCCACACUCUCACCACAGAUAUCCUUAACACAGGCUCUGAGCAUAGACGGCCUGUCUCUGGAGCAGCAGUUGGCCCAGUAUCCACUCUUCAGCCUGCUGCAAGACCUGCAGAAACAACAACAGCAACAACAGCAGCAGCAGCAGCAGCAGCAGCAGCAGCAGAACCAGCAGGCCCAGCAGCAGAGCCUCCCACAGGGCAUACGCCUGGUGCAGCUGCCCCCUCUCACCCUCCAGCCCUCCAGCACAUCCUCCUCGCAGCAGUCCAGCCCCAACGCACAGCAGCAGCAGACACACAUCGGCACCAUCAACUCGUACCGCAACCAGGCGGCCUCCCCUGCCAACCAGUCCCCCACCUCGCCUGUCUCCAAUCAAGGCUUCUCGCCAGGCGGCUCGCCUCAACACAUUCCCCUGGUGACGAGUAUCAGCGGAGACUCUUUCUAUGAGCACCAGCUGGCCUCCCGGCAGACCAACGCCCUCUCCCAACAGCUGGAGCAGUUCAACAUGAUAGAGAAUGCCAACAGCUCGACGGGCCUCUUCAGCACCUGCUCCACCCUCAACUACACGCAGGCGGCCAUGAUGGGGCUCACGGGCAGCCACGGAACCUUGCCAGACUCGCCGCAGCUAGGAUACAGCAACCAUGGAAACAUUCCCAACAUUGUCCUCACAGUGACGGGCGAGUCCCCUCCCAGCCUGUCCAAAGAGCUGGCCUCGUCGCUGGUGGGUGUGGGGGACGUCAGCUUCGACACAGACUCUCAGUUCCCGUUGGACGAGCUGAAGAUCGACCCGCUCACACUGGACGGUCUGCACAUGCUCAACGACCCGGACAUGGUUCUGGCCGACCCGGCGACGGAGGACACCUUCAGAAUGGACCGGCUGUGAUGUCUCCCUGCAUACUGUACCUACCUGUCAGUUGGACGCAGGGCGCCGGUCGGGGAAAAGAAAAGAAAAAACAGACAAGUCUUGCCGCAGUCAUACCCGCUGUCGAGUUACAUACAUGUACUCACUCACACACACAUACACACACACACACACAAACUCCUGCAUAUAUACAUACUUACAUACACACACACACACAAACACAUUACAUACCUACUCAACCCAGUUGUCCAUCUCCAUGCACUUGUACUGUAUGUAACGGCAUGCUCCAGAGAUUCACGUGGGCAGUGGGUGGGUGGGUGGUUGGAUGGGUGGUGCUGUGGUUUUGGUGCCCCGUGCGGGAAGUCCAGUCCAGCGAAGCCAGGGCUACGCGGCCCAACCCCACCCCUGGGCUACUCGUCGCAACCCCACAAUCUGUUAGGGAUUUGGACUGGCUUGUCUGUUUGUUUGUUUGUUUGUUUGUUGUUUUUUUACUUGUUUUUGUUUAAAGGGAGAAAAAAAACGUGUGUGGAGUGACUGCCAUAUGUCAUGCCAUACUCCAUCCUCAUCUGGGUUGCUAUGGUGAUAAGAGUGGUGUUUUCGGCUGCGUUCCUGACAUCGUAUCAAGACGAGUCUGUCUCACCGUGCCGUACGUAGGUGAUAAUGUGGUGAGGUCACCCUCGCUCUCAUCUGACAUGGUGUACAAGACAGAUAAGUGGCAACGUCUGGGUUGGUUUUCUCUGAGCAUGUGGUAGAUCUUCUAAUAGAAGGGCCUCUUGGCUUCAAAAUAAAAGCCAAAGGGCUCGUAUACUACUAGAAUAUUUCCCACUCACCCUCUGUUGCCUUUACUUGAUUGGUCAGCACUAAAUCACAUAACUCGAGCCACCCAGGUUACUUCUGUGGUGUUGACAUUUCAUCGUUUUAUAUAUUAUAUUGUUUAUUUAUUUGCUAUUUAUUUGCGUGUGUGUCUGUUUACCAGUUUGUUUGUUGUUUGUUUGUUUUCUACAUAUUUUGUUACAUCUAUUGCCAAAUUGUUUCAGGCCUGACUAAUACUCAUUGGUGCACUUUUAAAUUGUGUGUAAAAUUGUAUUUAUCAACCGUUUUGUGUUUUGUUUUUUGUGCCGUUAUUUAUUUGGUAUUCAUUAUUUAUACAGUAUACUAUUUAUUUGAUUUGAAGGAGUACUAGACCUCCCCAUACACUUUGCUCAUGGGUAGUGGUGUGAUGUUCACAUACACAGAGUGUUUUGUGUACCCCGUGACCCCGUUUCUGGGUUCACACAGGUGUGCCCCCCACCCCACCCCCUCCAUGUCCCUUUACCCCACUUCUCUCUCCGCCCGCCCUGGGUUUGGACGACCUGGUUUGAACUUAGCCGCGCAGCUCAGCGGUGCCACCAUGUUUGGAGGCCAUGCCAAGAUGAUCUACGUACCUACGUAUCGUAUCAAUCAUGCACACAGAGACAACUCGUUGGCAUUCAAGCCUGGGAGGACAGAGCUACAAAUAGAGGAUUUGAGAGUUAGAGGCUGGAGCACACUGCAGCUCAGUUUUUAAACAUUUAUUUCAUGCAAACACCCGACUACCGUUUUCGAAAACAUUAGUCAGGUGUUUGCACAAAAUAACCAAGCUGCAGUGUGAUCCAGCCUCUACUCUCAAGUGAUGUUUGUCCCACUGUGAUGCACCUGCAAGCUGAGGGAUGAUGCGUGGAGUCCCAAUUGAACUACAAAUACUAAGAGAGUGAAGAGAAGAGAGACUGAGGAGAGGGAGAGAGAGAGAGAGAGAGAGAGAGAGAGCCGGGAUGAGCAUCCUUACCCACCACUGUGAAAGAAGCUGAUUUUUGCCUUACAUGAACACGACGCUGGGCUCCGUUCUACAUGAACACUACGCUGGGCUCCGUUCUGCAGUGUGCUCGCUGUGCUUGGUGUUUUUUCUAAGUGUACGAGAUCCGUUUUUUCUCUCUGUUUUAUCGUUGUUUUUAGAUGUUGACCUGUUGUUACCUUUGUGGUCAUUCAGUGUUGAUUUUAAACCUGUAUUUGUUGAUGACUUCAAUCUUCUAUGGCCAAUGUUUUGUGCUGUUUAUAAGCGGUGGUGUUGCUAAAUGGUUUCUGGUGAGAGCAAGUUAAGGGGAGGGUAUUACUUCUUUGAAGAACAUUUCUAUGAGUCUGUUCAGUUCUUUGUAUACUUGCAUUCACUGUUCAUUAAUGUGUUUUUUUUUAAUAGCUUUAUUUUUUUUGGUUCCACCAGGUGUACAAUGUUUGCAAUGUGUAACAAUGUACAGGAAUCACACCGGUAUUGUGUGAGGUUUUUAUGUUUUGUGGCUUUGUGUUUUUUUUCUUUUCUUUGUUUUCUGGCAGAUUAACUUGUGAUUCCUAUGCAAAAAAGAUCAACCUGGACAUUAUCAUUGAGCCAAGUCUAGUUAGAGACCCAGCAGCAUGGCACAGGUGAUGAAGACGGUCAUAGGCUUUCAACUGGUCUGUGCCUGAACACCACUUGCCAACACAGGAAGAGUCUUCUCGACGCGUUAGGCUUUCAACUGCGGUUCAAGGCCUUUGUGGUCAGUGGUUGGAAUCCAGAUGUAAGAUAUGCAUUGUUUAUACAAAGUAUGACUUCAAAUUCCGUUUCAAAAACUGUACAACAGUACAUUCGCUCUUCUCUACACCUGCUCCUGCUGUUGUUCUGGUACCAUGGCGAAACAGGAGACGGGCAAAACAACUGAAGGAGUAUUUCCUUUUUUGUAGUUUAGACAUAUCUCUCUUUUCUGUUUGUCGGCCAAAGGAAAAUCCUGGCAAGCAUUGUAUAUAAAGGUUAUCAGUAAAAUAAGAUGACUGCAUGAUACAACAAAAAAAUAACAUGUCUAAAACCGAUGAAAGCAAAUGCAGGUUGUUCUGUUUGAAAGCAUUCUGCUCCAGAUAAACUAUGGUCUUUCUCUACUUCUCUCGCUUGCUGAGCCCCUGAGAGGUGCAGCCUGCAUGAGUUCCCCCGUCACUCACCCUGUUUAGUUUCUCCAGAGCUGAAAUUAGAAUGUAUCGCCUAAACACUCACGCCAAAAUGCCCGCCGCCUUUGGAACGGGUUCCAUGUCAUUGGUCCGACAGCCCAUUAAUCCGACAUCCCAUUAGUCCGACAAUUGACAGCUGAGAAAGUAUCAUGUUUUUUUUUAAAAAGAGACCCAUUAGUCCGACCACACACGUUAACACUAUACCCAAAUCAAAACAAUUCCUAACCCUAACCAUCAGUAAAGGCAUGUUCUGUCAGUAUACAAAUGUUUUCGCUUUAUAAUUUUGUAAAUCUUCACUUUUUAAGUUAACUGAAAUGGUAAAAAUAUGCCCAAACCAAAACAAUUCCUAACCCUAGCCGUCAGUGAAGGCAUGUUUUUGCGCGUGUAUUUGUUGUCUGAAAAGACGUGCCCACAUGUACCCCAGUAGCCUGAGUGUCUCACUCAUCUGUCGGAUUAAUGGGAUUCUUGUUAAGCUCCUAUAUGGCUUAUUGUCUGACUUAUGGGUUGUUGGACCAACGAGCUGUCGGACCAAUGGGCCUGACUGCCUAUGGAACAGCCCCCACCCCCACUCCACCCCCAAUGCUGGACCAAAGUUCUGUUGGAACUCUUUUUGUUUGUUUGUUUGUUUGGUUGUGUUCCUCUCCUCCUGUUUGGGUUCAUGUUGGUUGUGACGUGGUCAUGCAUGUUGGCACUCUGUACCAGUCUACCUUGUUUUCCAUCAAGCCUUCCACACCAGUCACGUCAGCCAGGUGCCUGGUUGCACCCACCUGGUCAUGUACAGUAGCUCAGAUACGUGUACUUCACGAUCUCAUCUCCAAGCCAUUUCAUACACUAUGCCCAUCUUACUGUGGGUCUCUGGUCUUGCUGCGUGCUAGGUUCUAGGUUCUAGGUCUUGCUCCGUCUUUUUUGGGGUCUUGGUUUUGUUUCAUGCAGAGGUACCUGUAAGGUUCUUGUGUUUUAUCUAAAGUUUUGCAUCAGAGUCUUGUACCAUGUCAUGGUCAGAGUCUUGAAUCAUCCUAUAGAGUUUUUGUACUGAGUCUUGCUUUAUGCUACUUUAAGGAUCUUGCUUCAUUUUGGACUUCUGGAUCUUGGUCUACUGUAGUGCUAUGUUCGAGGUCUCUCUGCUUUAUGUGGGAUUUGUAAGUCGGAAUCUUGUUCCCUGAUGUUUUUUGGGGAUGUUUUUCGCUUUUGCAUCACCUUGUGGUUUGGUUCUGGCUCAUGCUGUUUCAUGCUGAAUUUCAGGGUCUUGCUGUGUGCUAGGUGCUCGUCUGGAUCUCGUUCCCUUCUUUCCUUCUUUCCUCAGUGAAUUGUUUUGUAUCUCACCAUCACUUGCUUCUUUAAAACCAGAGGUGUCAAAAGUAAAAGUAAAAUUCACGGUGUGAGUACAACUCUAGCACAUGAUAUUACAUAGCGGUUACACCUUUCACUCCAUCGUACCUAAUGAGAUACAUAGACUUUGUUGUUACUGAAAAACACUGAAAGACCUCCCAAGGACCCACCACAAACUCGAUCCAACCAGUGCAGGGUCAGCUGAUUGUUAGACAGGUACACAGGUCUACUGGUUACUCAGAUAAAUCACCUGUGUUAGAAGAAAACUGUUUCUUUUUAAAUUUACUUCUACUUUUACUUUUGACACCUGAAACUGAGACUGUUUUGGCCGUCUGAGCACAGACUGUUUAGCCAUAUCUAGACGUCCAGUAGAGGAGAGGAGAGGAGGCGGUGGGGUUUUUCCAGGGCGCUCAUCGAGAGCGGCUGCAGAUAUCACAUAUGACCCACUGCCCCCCGAAAGACAGCCCUGAGGAGGCUCCAGCAUACAGGCCAGGCAUUUCAUUAAUGAAAAAAAAAAACACUUGAAAGGGCUUCGUCCACGCUUGUGGGGUGUAUUGUCACGUCUAUAUGAAGGGUUAAAGGUGUUGGUGUGUGAUGCAACUUCUUGGCCAAUGUGUCCAGGCAACAUCAUGGAUCAUCGACUUUGUGUAAGGUGUCUAAUGUUGUAAUUGGGUGGUUACCUAUUGAUGAUUGAGUGAGGCUUAUCAGUUGCCUGGUGAAUCACCCAUCAAUGGGAGAUUGCUCCAUACACAUAUUUGUGCGUUUGGUGUUUUGAAACGUUGCCCGGACACAUUGCCUAAAAAGUUGCCUCGUGUAUCACCACAAUAAGAGAUUAGAAUGUAUAUCUGUUUAUCCCUGGAGGAGAUACUAUAAUGAUGGCGCUGCUUUCUGUGUCGGAGAGUACAGUUGAUGUCAUGUGUGAAUGAGAAAAUCUGUUGUUUACUCAGAGCUGCGUUUUCUGUAGUGGGUGUGUACUGUAUAUAUGGAUGGAUACUGAAGCUGAUCUGGGAUCAGUUUUUUUAAAACAGAGGAUCCAAAGGGAGGCCUUGGGUCUUCUUAAGAGCCCAGUCCUGCGGAGACCUCCAGGAGCCGGUCUUACGAGAGAUCUGGCUCCUUCACAAACUGGGGCCUAUACUAAGAAGUAGAGCAUGACACGGGAGUUGAUUUUCACUCCCGUCCCAUCCUGGUCCCAGAAAAAAAAUCCCAUCCCGUCCCAUCCCGGACUAGAGUAAAAGAAACAAAUCCCAUUCCGUCCACUCCUGAAAAGAAUGUUUCCCAAUCCUGCCCACUCCCAUUCAAAAUCAAUCCCACUCCCAUUUUGUCAAAAAAACUAGGCUUUUUUAAUGAAAAAAUAAGCGAACAUUCCCGCUCCCUUCAAUUUUUAUUCCCGCUCCUGCCUGAUCCCAUUAAUCUUUAUUCCUGCUCCUGUUCAUCUUUAAAAUUUUGACUCCCAUCCCGCAGGAAUCCUGCAGGACCCGCGGGACCCACGGGAAUUCCCGAAAAAUGUCAUCCUCUACUAAGAAGCUGGUUCAGGAGUAAAGCAAGUUAAGUUAAGAGGUAAAUCAUCUAAUAGAAGAGGCUCUUCUAUUAGAUGAUUUACCUCUUAACUUAACCUGGUGUUCUCCUGAACCAACCUCUUCUUAGUAUAGGCCCCUGGUCACCCAGAUGUCAAAACCCCACAGUGAUUGAUCAGAACAAAUUAGUAAGUAAUAGUCACAAUUUACACAGUUUCAAUUAGUUCAUACCAAUCGCUGUGGUUCUCACAUCUGGGUAAUCAGCUGUUGUGGGGUAACCAGACCGCUCGUCACACCGGUUGAGGAUGAGGAUGGCUGCUUUAAGGUAGCCUAUCUAUUACUUGGGGAUGUAGGCGUUUGUUUGUACUGCGUGAACGUGUCUCAUUUCUCUGUCUCUUUGCUUAUACCUGGAAAAGCACUGCAGCUGUAAGAGAAACAAACACAAAAAAGAAUUAAUAUAUAUAUAAAAAUAUAUAUAAAUAAUACAAAAUCAGCCAGGUGAGGUCAGAGUUCCCAAGGGCAUGGCAGUGAAGCUGUCGUGAAAAUUCUGUAGUGAGAAUUGUCAUCUGCCUUGUUUUUUUCCCCCUUUGUCCCCUGAAAAAAAAAUAGCCCAACCAACAACAAUAACAAAUCAACGUGGCAAUGACUCCCUUCUUCUCUGUUCUCAUUGUGCUGAAACUCCUAUAGCGCCACCUGGUGGGCAUAGCAUUGAAGGUGAUGAUGUACAUGCAAACAUGCUUCUGAUUUCUUGACAUUAAAGGAUGCACUUAAAAGUCUACUGUGUCAUUUGUUUGGUUUGUGCUCUGAAGACACUGUACUGAAGACACUGAGAUGAAAAUCAUGUGCACGUUCAUUAGUUAUACUUGGAACUGCAAGAAAAUUGGAACUGCAAAAAAAUGAAA